AUGGCCAUUCUUCCUACUACGAUGCUUGUUAUUACUUUUAUUCUACUAGCUUUCUCUUCUGAUUCUGCCACCAUCAUUACCCAGUUUCAGUCCCUUCCCUAUGGAACCACCUUGGUAUCCGAAGAUGGAACCUUCGAGUUGGGAUUCUUCGACCCGGGUAGUUCCUCAAACCGCUAUCUAGGAAUCUGGUUCAAAAAAAUCCCACAAAAAACCUUUGUUUGGGUUGCCAACCGUGACAACCCUAUCAAAGACAACAACUCCACCAAGCUAACACUAACCAAACAAGGGAAUCUCGUACUUCUCAACCAAAACAACACCGUUAUUUGGUCAACAAAUACAACAACAAAAGCGAUCAACGUUGUAGCACACCUCUUGGAUUCGGGAAACUUGGUUCUGAGAGAUGAAAAAGACAACAAUUCGGAAAACUACUUGUGGCAGAGCUUUGACUACCCUUCAGAUACAAUUUUACCAGGAAUGAAGCUAGGGUGGGACCUAACAAAUGGUCUUAAUCUUAAUAAGUACCUCACUGCAUGGAACAAUUGGGAAGACCCAUCUUCUGGUCACUUCACUUAUUCUGUGACAAGAAGCAACGUUCCUGAACUGCACCUAUUGAAUGGCUCAUCAUUGUUCUACAGAAGUGGCCCUUGGAAUGGGAUUCGAUUCAGCGGCACACCCUCUUUGAAGCGCCGUCCAUUGUUCACAUACAAUUUCGUUUACGAAAAGAACCAGUAUUAUUUCCAAUUCUACCCGAGGAAUAGCUCCUUAAUCUCGAGAAUUGUCCUCAACCAAACCCUUUACACUCUUCAACGCUUCAUUUGGGUUGAAGGAAGUAACAAAUGGGAGUUGAAUUUGGAAGUUCCAAGAGAUAUCUGUGAUGGGUAUGACUACUGCGGCUCUUUCGCGUACUGUGUUAGUGCCACUACGUCUCCUAUGUGUGUGUGUUUGAGUGGGUUUGAGCCAAAAUCGCCUCAAAACUGGGAUGCAAAUAAAUGGAGUGAAGGGUGCAUGCGAAGUAGUAAAAGUUGGAAGUGCAAGGAUAAAAAUAGAGAUGGUUUUGUUGUAUUUAAGAAUAUGAAGCUUCCAGACACUGAAAUUUCUUGGAUAAAUAGAAGUACGGGACUUGAGGAAUGCAAGGAGAUAUGCAGGGAAAAUUGUUCGUGCACUGCUUAUGGUAACUCCGACAUCACUGGAACUGGCACUGGUUGCAUCCUUUGGUACGGGGAACUGUUGGAUUUGAGGCAGCUUCCAGAUGCAGGACAAGAUCUGUACGUUAGAUUGGAUAUCACAGAAAUGGGAGAUCAAAAUGCAAAAGGUGAUUCAAGGAAAGUGGCUGUUGUGGUCCCAGGCAUAGUUUCAUCUAUCGUUGCCAUGGUUGUAAUUUUCUUAUUUAUUUACUGGAUAACUAAAACCAAAUUCAGAGCCAAAGGGAUCAUGAAGCCAACAGUGAAAAUAAAUGAGAGCAAAGAAGAUCUAGAAUUACCUUCGUUUGACUUUGAUACAAUAGCAUGUGCUACUAAUGACUUCUCAAGUGACAACAAACUUAGUCAGGGUGGUUUCGGUCCUGUAUAUAAAGCAUGGAGGUUGUGGAAAGAGUGCAUGCCAAUGGAAUUCAUUGAUACUUGUUUGAAGGACUCGUACAUAUUUUCUGAAGCAUUGCGAUGUAUUCAUAUUGGUCUUUCUUGUGUGCAGCAUCAUCCUUAUGAUAGACCAGAUAUGAAAUCUGUAGUUGCAAUGUUGACAAGUGAAAGUGUUUUGCCACAACCGGAAGAGCCUGUUUUCCUUACAGAAAAUAGUGUUUUGGUUGUGGAAGAUUUAGGACAAGUGAUGCACUAUUCAACCAGUGAACUAACUAUCUCAAGGAUGGAACCUAGAUAA